UCAACGUUAAAACAAUCGAUGAAAAAACAAAUGAUUUGAUGAAUGAUGCCGAGUCUAUUAAAAGUGAUACGGAAAAAUCAAUUAAUGAAAAUGAUUCUGAGCUAGAAGAAAAGAUUCUUGUUACUUGCAAAGGAUCGGGCAUUUCUUUGGUUUCUGAUGAUGGUCGUCAGUUACGUAAUUGGACGAUUCCUGCCCAAUGUUCUGUGAUUACUCCAGCAAAGUGUAUUAUAAAGUCUGGUAGAUGUUAUGUUUACGUUAUAAUUCACUCGGAUAAUGAUGUUACGGGAUCAGAUAAAGUUAUAUGGUUUUGGAAAGACAAGAAAAAGUCUUUGGAAAGUCCCCAGUCAACGAAAAAAAAGACUAGAGAAUUUGAAAAAGAGAUAUUUUCUCUGGAAUUGUCUUCCCUCCUUCCAAAAAAUAUCAUUUUGAUAAACAAAGAUGGUUCAUUGUUAUUGGUUAAGACUAAUUUGAAACCUGUUGGUGAUAAUUUUAUUGGUGCUAAAACUAAAAAGAAAAAAAAUGAAAGACGUGUCAUCUGGUCAACUCUUUUUAAUUCUUCUGUUCUCGUUAGGAUAUUAAGAUCGUGUCUAACCCAACCUCAAUAUGGAUAUACAGUUUCGUCGGGCGUGUUGAAAAUCUUUAUGAUCACCUUUAAUUUUAUCGAAUCCAAUAUUGAUAUAACGUUAUCCGAAAUUUUGAAAUUUGAAUUUGAUGGACUGAUACCGUUUACGGAAAAGCACUUUUCGACAAUACAAGGUGGACAUGCAAUAGGGUUCGCUCCUAUUUCCGAUUCUUAUUUGGCUCUUGUUGGAAUGCAAAAAACUUCGACGUCAAAUUCAUCAGCAUAUUUACAAUUGGGAAGUGGUUAUACUCGGGGUUUCGGAAUUACCAGAUUUGGUAUUGAUUUGGAUACAAAACCUAAAUCAAUUGAACAUGCUUCUGACGAAUUUUUAAAAGAUAUUGAAAAUAAUAUUAAAGAAUUACAAAAGGAAGAAUACAAAUUUCUAAAGUUCCUUUUGUUCAAAUCUCAUACGACUGAAAAUGUUAGAGAACGAUUUCAACUUUUUAUGAAACAAAAGGGCGUAGAAGCAUUUGAAUCUUUUUUGAAAAGGCAUGAUAUAGACAAAGAACAAUAUAAAAAAUAUCUUGAAAAUUGGAAGAGUAAUAAGCAAUUUUCUAAGAAAUCUAAAAGAAUGAAAGCUAUAAACAUUUAUGAAGAUGACAACGAUAAUCCUGAUAUUGAAGAUGAUGAUAAUUAUCAAAAAUGGCAAGAUUUAUGGAAAGAAUGGGAAGUAAAAACAUAUGAAUCAAGAAAAUACAUUCUUAAUCAAGAAAAAAUAUGCGAAUAUCUUGAGUCAGGAGAAGCACAAAGGCCAGAAUUAUCAUAUUAUUUUAUUCAAACAGUAAUCGAAUAUUGUUUAUCUAAAAAUCCGGAUGGUACGCCAAAUUUGAAUUGUUGGGUACCAGAGGUCCUCCAAUACUUUAUUCAAUCAAAAAUGAUGUCAAACAAGUUUGUAAAGGGCGGGAUUAUCAAAGCUUUAAUAGAAAGGGAAACAUGGGACUUAAUUAAAUCAGCCCUUUACUUUAUGAAUGACAUUCCCGAAGAUGAUCUUGUAUACCUACUCAAAUAUGCAAUCUCGAGUCAAACCAAAACAUUUUCAAUUGGAAGUAUACUUAGGUAUCUUAUUGCUGCCCCAAAAAAUGAUAAUAUGAUGAUAUGGAGUUUACGUCAAUUAACAGAAGAUGAAGUGAUGAUUGUGAUGAAAAUAUUAUAUGGAUGGGUCGAAAAAUACGAUCAGACAGAAUUCGUAAAAGAAGUUUUAUCAAAAAAACAAGAUUCACAACUAAAAAUGCAUGAAUGUAAUAACGUUGCAGAUAAUUUACCCGAGUUUCAUAAAGUAAGCAAUCAGACAUCGUAG